UGUUCGUAAUUUAAAAGCCCUGUGCAUAAUUCAUUCCCGGAAAUAUCACAGCCAUCUCUGAUCAAACUACCGGUGCUCCUUCUCUGACGUAAUCACGUUUCCCUCCACCAAAUUACACACACAACACACAGCACAAUGGCGGUAGUGAACUGCUACAUCUCCUUAACCUUAUCACAAGAUUCCUCAGCAGCAGCACAGCCAGCAGCUCGAAGUCCAAGAGAAACCAAGAUUUUGCUGCCAAAAAAGAAGCCUCUCAAAUGGUCUACUGGGGUGGCUCCAGGGGAGUGGGGCGGCCCACCAACUACGUCCAAGCUCAGGAAGUACUGGGGUGGCCAGGAUGAGGACCCGCUAACUUCUGAUGACUUCAUUUGGAAUAAAGAUUUCAUGGGUCGCAUGAAAAGGCUCAUUGAGGACCCUGCUGAUGGUGUUGGGAAUUCCUCAUUUGACCCUAUUGCCUCUCCGGCAAAGGGACAGUCUUCUGGAUUUCUUAGCUUGAAUAGGGUCAUGAGUCUUGACAGUCUGGAAGUUGACUUGAGCAAGGAACUAACAGCUCCUUCAAAAGCUGUAGUAGAAGAACAAGUUGAGGAGACUCAAGCUAAUGGUACUGCAUCACGAAGAUGGAGACCAGCACCAACACGACGUGAGCAAGAGAAGUGGGACAGAGCUACCAAGGCUGCAACAGGAGGCAGUGAUGUGAUGUUCCGGGAAAUUCGGCGACCAAAAGGGGAUCCAGAAGUUUUGGCAGCUCAGUCAAGGGAGCAGUAUUUUAAGUUGAAAAAGAAGUUGCAAUUCCUUACUCUAGGCAUUGGUGGAAUUGGUGUACUCUCGGCUUAUAUAUCCUAUACUCCUGAAAUUGCUGCAAGCUAUGGUGCUGGACUGCUUGGCUCUUUGGCUUAUAUGAGGAUGCUUGGGAAAACGGUGGACUCCAUGGCUGAUGGAGCAAAGGGGCUUAUCAAGGGAGCAGUUGGGCAGCCGAGGCUCUUGGUUCCUGUUGUCUUGGUCAUGAUCUAUGAUAGAUGGAAUGAGAUUUUAGUUCCGGAAUAUGGUUUCAUGCACCUUGAAUUGAUACCUAUGCUAGUGGGAUUUUUCACUUACAAGAUUGCUACCUUUUUCCAAGCUAUCGAGGACACAUUGACUGUCUCUGGAGAGAAAAGACAAGCUUAGCAUGCAAUAGUCUGCUACUUAUACUCCUGUCAUUCUUGAUGAAGUUUAUAGAGAUGCCAGAUGAUUAUUUGUGAAGCUAGAAAGAAAACUACUUGGUAUAUUCCAUACAAGGUGGGGAUCAUCAGAGAUAGUGCUCCAGAUGUUAACAAUGUGAAACUCUAUAGUAUAUACAUAAUUUGUGCAUCUGGUGGACAUCCAGAAGUCGAAAAUCUUUCUGCUUACACUUGCAUCUUGUUAUAAAAUUCUUUUAUGCAGAAGAACUUGCAUCUUGUUGAGAAACAAUAUGUUACCCUUUUAACAGAUGCUUGUGAUUCGAUAUCUAUUGUUAGAGAUUCUUUUGUCUGUU